CCGCCUCCUCGCCCCGGUUCCAGUAGUUGGUACGGUCCGAGACAGUAUGGCUGCUGCACUUCGGCCUUCGAAUCGAGUUCUCCUGCAGGCGCUGCAGACUUUGGUGUAUCCUGGGGUGGGAGGCUCCGGCUCUGUCAGCUGCCGCUGCCCUCUCGGAGCUAAAAGAUACCUACUUACAGAUAAUGUGGUGAAAUUAAAAGAAUUUCAACAAAAGAAAGUGGCUAUUGCAUGUAAUCUUUCUGGCACUAAAGAAAUGUAUUUUAGAAACUUGAAAGAGAAACUGACCCAGAACAAGCUCAUCUUGAAGGGGGAGUUGAUAACCUUACUACAUUUGUGUGAGUCCCGGGACCAUGUGGAACUGGCUAAAAAUAUUAUUUACAGGUACCAUGCAGAGAACAAAAAUUUCACUUUGGGGGAGUAUAAAUUUGGACCGCUUUUUAUGAGGUUGUGUUACGAGUUGAAUCUCGAGGAAUCUGCAGUGGAGCUCGUGAAAGACCAGCAUUUACGAGGUUUCUUCUCAGACUCCACAUCAUUCAAUAUUUUGAUGGAUAUGUUAUUUAUCAAAGGCAAAUAUAAAAGUGCUUUGGAAGUAUUGAUAGAGAUGAAAAACCAAAAUGUGAAGUUCACCACAGAUACCUAUGUUCUUGCUUUUGCAAUUUGCUACAAACUGAAUAGCCCUGAGUCUUUCAAAAUCUGUACUAUAUUAGGAGAAGAAGCUCUACUCAAAGGAGAAAUUCUCUCCAGGAGAGCAUCCUGUUUCGCUGUGGCAUUAGCUUUGAAUCAGAAUGAGGUGGCAAAAGCUAUGUCCAUUUUUUCUCAAAUCAUGAAUCCAGAAAGCAUAGCCUGCGUUAAUUUAAAUAUUAUAAUCCAUAUCCAGUCAAAUAUGUUGGAAAACCUGAUAAAGACUCUAAAAAAUGCUGCAGAAGGAAAUUUAUCAAAAUUUGUGAAAAGAAAUGUGUUCUCGGAGGAAGUGCUGGCCAAAGUGAGGGAAAAAGUGAAGGAUGUGCCUGCCCUUGUGGCCAAAUUUGAUGAGAUCUAUGGGAUACUGCACAUCACUGGCCAGGUCACCACUGAUUCUUUGGAUGCUGUGCUCUGCCACACCCCCAAGGACAGGAAAUCCCACAUGUUGCUAUUAAACAAGAGGAUGUUCAGCCGUCGCACCUCCCAGCCACUCAGCCAGUCCCUGUUGGCUGAGUAACCCUGGUUUCAGUCCACCUAUGGAUCUGAGGGGCCUGCUUCUAGUGAGUUAUUGCCUUUCCUAAGAAGCCAGGCAUCGCACUUCAGCAGACAGUGUGCUGACACUUGGUCUUCUCCUGAAAUUCCCAAAUUCACUGAAUGGUACCAUGCAGAUCUCUGAGACGUUAUGUUGCACCACUGUGAAGGUCUAGAUGCAAGCUUGGCUGCCUCAGAAAGGCGCUUCCCUUUUGCAUGGCUGAGGAUCCUUGAAGGAGCAUGGUCAGUCUCCAGUUCAGCUUCCAGCACCAGAGUGGAACCCAGUAAGCACCAUCAGGAAUGAAUUUCACUACAAGUGUGGAUAACUCUGAUUUUCAAAGGAGUAGUUACUGGCAGAUUACAUCCUUGCUGAAUUCAGUAGGUGUGAAACCCUAUUUUACCAUGUUAGAAAACAGCCCAGGAUUUUCUCAUUGCUCUGCCAUCAUACAUGUCUAUGACUUGAGCCCUUAUUUUUCCAUCUGCAAAACAAUAGUGCCUAUGUGUAUUUGCAUGUAGAUUUGAAAUCUUCAUUCAAGGUUUAGUAGGAUCAGAUUUUCUCAAAAAUAAGAGAAAUAAGGUUCAUAAGCAAACUUGAUGAGAUUGUGGUUGUUUUGUUUUCUUAGCAGCACAAACAAAACCAGAAUUUAGCCCUUAGGACUGCUGAGUAAGCCAAAUUUAAAUGAUUACUGAUUUGUUCAUGGGUAAGCCAUGUGCUUUUCAAAAUAAGUGCCACUAAAAACCACAUAAUGCUUAGGUUUCUAUGUGGAUAACAAAUAUUUAGUCCUGUAGUUUAUCUUAUUUGUUAAUGAUUUUUCUCUCUUGAAUGCCUCAUAUUAAAAAAAAAAAAAUGUGCCAUGAGAGCAGUUCAAAGCUGCUUCAUACUUAUGAUGGUCUGAAAUAUAGUAUGUGUUGAAUUUUACCGUAUCUGGUCACCAGUGAGCAGAAGAUACACAGUGACCCCACCUCACUUGCUCCUUUUGUUUCAGAAAGCCCAGAGGGUUGCUCAGACCUCAGGAGCUGUCUGCCAAGAUUGCUGCAGACUCUUCAUUGCCACCUCCAAAACUAAGACUGUUCACUUGGUGGUUGUUCUGAGGCAAGGAUUAUAGAGUCAGAAAUUGUAGACUAGGAGAAGUCUUCUGAGUCUCCUAAUUAAUUCCUUCAUCUUUCAGGUUAAAGAAAUGAUCCAUGCAAGAGAGGCCCAAUCUCAACUGUAGACUGUGUCCCAGUAAGAGAGUCAUAGCUUCAGGUGUUUGCUGAAUCCAGGUCUGAGAUCACAAUCCCACCUGAGGACAGGAUCCACAUAUGAGAGUCGCACAUUGGCAUAAUUGAUUUGUGGUAGAGCUGAGAUUAGAAUCCAGAUUCCUAGUCUAGUAUCCUUCCCACUGUACCACAUGAUCUCUUUUCAGAGGGGAAAAAGGAGCAGCUCUUAAGAAACAGAAUACUAAGGGCCCCCAUGACUGUGUGGCCCUGGGCAUCCUCAGUUUCCUCAUUUGGUAAAUGGGGAUAAUAGUACCGACCUCUUAGGCUUGGUGUGAGGAUGAAAUGAGAUAGGGAAUAUAAAGCAAGCAGAUAGUGGCUGGCACAUAGUACAUGCAAUAUGUUUGAAACUAGUUAAGGAGUUAUAAAAACAAAUGAGUUCUUCCUUCUGGUCAAAAAUAUUGAAUUUCUUGUCCUUGUUCUCUGUGAAACAUUGAACAGCCCCAUUUAGAGAAACAAAUUCUCUGCCCUCAUAGAAUCCUAAUUGUUUCUGUAUGUGUCUGGUGUUUUGCACAUGCAAAAAAAAAAAAGUGCUUAGAUUUCUCCACUUUCAGUCUUAGGGAAUAAUAGGGCAUGCUUCCUGUCCCCCCAACUUACUUUUCAUCUUCUCCAGCUCUCACAGUUCAAAUGGCUCCAGUGCUGUGGGUGAGUGUGGCCUUGGUUGUUAGCUAACAACCAUUCAUUAGCGAAAUAACCAAAUUUUGUGAGCAGUAAAUAGCAACAAGCUUCCCAAUCCCUGCUGCCCUGAGCAGCAGGUGGCUGCUGCCCUGAGCAGCAGGUGGCUGCUGCUCAGCCGACUGGAAAAACUGGCCCAUUCCACCUGUUCCCAGAAACCUUAGUACAGAGGUAGCUAUAUGCAUAAUGUUCACCCCAAAGUAAUAAAUGAUUUUAAAGUCUUAAAAAUCCAAUAAAAAAGUGUUCAGUAUAGGUUAUGAUGGGCAUUUCAUUCUUUAAAACUCAGUAAUUCCUUUGAAAAAAUGGUGUUUCUUUAUAAGUAGUAGUUUGCCUACAUCAUUUACUUGUUUUUUUCUGCUUUGGGGUUUUUUUUUUUUGAGACACAAUUUCACUCUGUCGCCCAGGCUGGAGUGCAGUGGUGUGAUCUCAGCUCACUGCAACUUCUGCCUCCUGGGUUCAAGCAAUUCUCAUGCUCCAGCCUCCCAAGUAGCUGGGAAUACAGUUGUGUGCCACCACACUGGCUUAUUUUUUGUAUUUUUUUAGUAGAGAUGGGGUUUCACCAUGUUGGCCAGGCUGGUCUCUAACUCUUAUCCUCAAGUGAUCUGCCUGCCUUGGCCUCCCAAAGUGCUGGGAUUACAGGCAUGAGCCACUGCAUCUGGCCUACUUAUCUCGUUAAUGAAAAUAUUUGAUUGGACAGAACAUCUUAUUCCUUAACUCUGUUAUGUGCUUUUGUAGAUUGUUUUUACUUACUGUAGAUGUCUGUUGCUCCAGAGUCCCAGAAAUCAGUAUGGUAAGUUCAGCACAGUUAACUAGAAGGAGACAAAAAGAUAUCUUCUUAAUUAGGUGAUAUCAAGGAUAGUUCUGGUUAUUGAUUGCUGUGUGGAAAACACUCCAAAACUCAGUGACUUUAAACAACACCAGUCAUUGAGUUAUUUCUCAUUAUCCUGAGUACUGACUGGGCUCAGCCAGACAGUUCUUAUUCGGGUUCUCAUGCAGUUAUAGUCAUCAUCAGAUUGUGACUGGGACUAGAAUAAUCUCAAAGGCUUCCUUAGUAUUUCUGGCAGUUGAUGCUAGGACCUCAGCUAGUGCUGGGGCUGGAACAUGUCUACACAUAGCUUCCCCACAGCAUGGUGGCUAGGUACUAGGAGUGACUGUCCCAAGAGGACCAGGCAGAAGCAGUUACAUUUUAUGACCUAGUCUCAGAAGUCGCAUAACAUCACUUCCACUAAAGUACCAAGCCCCCACAGAUUCAAAUGGAGGGAGCAUAUAUCCCAUCUCUGUGGUAGGAAUUUCAAAGAAUAAAUUUUGUGAAACUGUAGUAGAUAGUCUGUUUUCUCCCCUGUUUAAAACCUCCUGAGGACCUCACAUGCUUCUGGAUAAAGCUCAGGCUCUUCAACAUGGUUUAGAAGGUCCUUCCUAAUCUGGCUCACAUUUGUCCAUCCAGCUCCAACUCUUGCUACUCUACACCCCUCUUCCCCUCUUGUGGAAUGGCUAAUUCCUACUCAUCAUUCAGGUCUCAGCUUAGACAUCUUUUCAUCUGAGAAGGCUUUCUGGUCUAGCUCACCUGGUUAGGUGAACUCCCCAUGUGCCCCAUGUACCUCAUUUAUCAAAGUGCUUAUCAUAUGCCUGACACUGUCUGUUUUCUUCACUAGACUCAGGUGCCAUGUCUGUCCUUUCUGCUCUGUUUGCUGGGUGCCUAGCAUGGUAGGGAAUGUAUCAGAGGAUUAGUACUUAUUUAACUCACCAGCUCAUUUAACUAUAUUGUAUAACAAUGGUGGUGGUCAUAUUGGUCCCCCAUGGACAGCUUUUCCUCUCUAAUACCAUAUACUCAGUGCAGGGUCUGAAUGUCCCCCCAAACUCAUAUGUUGAAAUCCAAAUCCCCAAGGUGUUGGUAUUAGAUGAUGUAGCCUUUGGGAGGGAAUUAGGGUGGUGCCCUCAUGAAUGGGAUUUUUGCCAUUAUAAAACAAGCCCAAAGAAAUUUGGUCGCCCCUUCCUUUAAGCGAGGACAUGGCAAAAAGGCACUGUCUAUGAACCAGAAAGUGGGCUCUCACUAGACACCAAAUGCCAGCGUCUUGUUCUUGGAUUUCCCAGCCUUCAGAACUGUGAGAGAUAUAUUUCUGUUAUUUAUAAGCCACCCAGUUUUUGGUAUUUUGUUAUAGCAGCCUGAAGAGACUAAGACAGCCAGUCCCAACCUUCCACAUUUAGACCUGACUCCAAGUUUUGCUCAGCCCACUGUGUAUCCCUUCCUCCUCCCAACCAAAGUGUCCCCACUCUUUCUGUAUCCUGUUCUGCCUAUUAUUCAAGGUCUAACUUGUGUCACUUUUUCAAUGAGGCAUUCGCAAGCUCUUUAAAUCCUCAAGGAUUCUCCAUUCAUUCACCAUAUCUAUUUUUAGAAUCUACAAAGGACAAAGCACUACGAAAGACUCUUUACAUGCCACAGGGAAAAGACAGACAAGAUCUCUGUCCCAACACAGAAAAUUUUAGCCUGCCACGUUGACUCCCAGGGACCUUUUUGUUUCUGUAGGAGGUGCUCAUUACAGAGUGGUCAAAUUCCUACUGAAGAAUGGACUUGGUUGUGAAAUAAAACAAUCCUGGGCAAUAUUUGUUGAUAGUUUUGUUGAGGAUGAUUCAGGAAGUAAAUACAAACUUUUAACUACUCAUAAUGAAUAUUGUUGGGAUAUUAUAAUGAGGAGGUAAGGAUUUACCUGCUACAAUUCGGGUAGGCAAAAAUGUAGGCUUCUCUAUUUCUUUGCAGUGAACUAAAACUUCUUAUGAACUCUGGUUAUACUGAAAACAAGAGUCAUGGGAGACUUGAUCUUGCUUAAAGGAUAUUUUAGUCUUUGAUUUCUUUCAGGUAAAUGUUCAAUGUUUUUGCGUAUCUUCUUCCUACCUUUUCAUAGCCAAGAUGAUAGCUGAGUAUAAGGCUGUGGCUCUUAAACCUGAACAGGCAUCAGAAUCACUUGGAGAGCUUAUUAAAAUACACAUUGAUGGGCCCCACCCCCAGAAUAUCUGAUUCCAUACAUAUGAGUCAGGGCCCAAGAAUUUGCAUUACAAAUGCAUUCUCAGAUGAUGCUGUUGCUAGUCUGGGCAACACACUUUAAGAAUAGUUGGUAUAACAGAAAGCUUGUGUGUCUAUGUGGACAGGAGUUGUGGGCUUCAGAUUCAUCCUCUCUGUCCUCUGGUCUCAGUUGUGAGGAGGGGGAAGAGUGGGAAGUCUGGCCUUGUCUCUGGACUCCUGAGUAAAUAAUGUGCUGAGGCAGUGUUGGGCCCAACAGGCCUUUUAGAGGGUCAUGCCAGCACCCACUGCUGAGGUCCGUAGUCUCUACCAUCUGCCCUACACAUAAUAAGUACCCUUCCUCUGUUGUUCUUUCAUGCUGACCCCAAGCCCACCAAUGAAUUAAUUGAAUCAAGAGUUCCAAGGUAUUAGGAUUUAAAGACAAUGAAAAAUAUAUCCAUUUUUUUUUUCAAAUAUACAUGAAGAAAUCCAUACAAACUAAGGCCAAUUGUGGCAAAACUACAUGAGACUUGACUAAAAUAACCCACAAUUCAAAUUUCCUUCAUAACAUUUCUACCUAUAAAUUUGAUUCAGAGAAAUUACACUUCAUAGAUAAACUAGCCAUAAAAAAGAUGACAGCAGCAAAAGCUAUCAUCAGUAACAUUUGAUAUGCAUAAGAAACUGUGAGGAACCAAAUCAUGGUAAAAUUGAUUCUAAGGAAAUGAUUGCACAAAAAUAAAAGUGAAAUGAUAUUUUUUAAAAGGAAGUGGUUCAACUGUAUUGCAUAGAAAAUGAAUCAAGGAAUUACACUGGCUUAAAUGGCAUUAGCUCAAAAAAGUGUUCUCAAAAAUUAAUGGAAAUUGGUGUAUUCUGAUUGAGAUAUGUUUUAUUCAAUAACAUGGAGUCAAAACAAGAAGAUUUUUUAAAUGUCCUCUGUUCCCAUGGAGCUUGCAUUCUGCAAGAGCAACAGACAUCAAAAAGAUAACUGGGCAAAUGACCACAUGAUUGCAGUUGGGAUAAGUGCUAAGUCUAGGGGAAUCUUCAUAUCACCCUGUGGCAUGUAUAAAGGAAGACCUUUUGCUGGUGUUUUGUAAAA